ACAACCACUGUUGUCAUUGGAGAGAACGUGAAAAUUACAAAGAUUGAACUGAUCUACCCGCAGGAGGGUGCGCUUAUCGAAGGCGAACACAUCCCGUGCAUCUGGGUCCGCGUUCAUACCGAUGAAGGCAUCACGGGGCUUGGUGAAACCUAUCCACUCCGUGAAGCGGAGCAAGGUGUUAUCCGUGGUAGGCUUGCGUCGAUGCUGAUUGGACAAAAUCCACUGGAGAUUGAACGUCUGUGGCAGGAGAUGUUCCAUGGGAUGAGGGUGCACGGUUGGGCGGGCGCGGAGUUGCGAGCAAUCAGUGCCAUUGAUAUCGCGCUAUGGGACAUCUACGGGAAAGCCACCGGGCAGCCGAUCUAUCAGCUACUUGGCGGGAAAUCCCGCGAGAAGGUCCGCACAUACAACACCUGCUAUGACCACCGCUACGAUUUCAACAACGUCGAAAACAACGAAGCAGGGAAACUAGCAAAGGAGCUCCUCGACAGUGGCAUCCAAGCCAUGAAGGUGUGGCCCUUUGAUGGGGUGGGUUACAAAAACCGCGGACAGUUUAUUACAAAUUCAGAUAUCGAAAUCGGGUUGAAACCUGUCCAACAGAUUCGCGACGCGGUCGGCGACGAUAUUGAGAUUGCAAUGGAAUUUCACGGAUCGGUUCCGGUCGAGGAAGGGCAUCUGACCGCACCGGAAAGUCCUGGGCUUGGCAUCGAUCUCAAACCGGAAUUGCUAAACGCCCCCGGAAUUGAAAUUGAGACAAUUGGCAACUUAUUACAUCUUAAACCGUAUGUUAUUCGCUACCGAUCCGCUGUUAUCGCGAGCUUUUUCUUUGUGCUCACGACAAACGUGGUGAUUGUAGUGCAGCCAAAGUUCCUGAAGUGGGUUUUUGAUGAUCUGGAGCGCGCGGUUACCCCUGGGAUGAUUGUGGUGCAGCCAAAGUUCCUGAAGUGGGUUUUGGGAGAUCUGGAGAGCGCGGUUACCUCUCGAAAGGUCUUGUUCUACGCGCUACUCAUUUUGGGGGCUGCUCUGGUUGGAGGUAUACUUCGAUUUGGUCAGCGCCAGGUCAUCCAGAGUGCGGCGAGGAAGAUGGAAUACCAUCUUCGGAACGAUUUCUUCACGCAUCUUCAAAAGCUGCCUGCGUCCUACUAUCAGGAUAUCCGCACGGGCGAUCUGAUGGCGCGAGCAACCAGUGACAUGAACGCUAUCCGGAUGGUGCUCAGUAUGGCGGUGUCAUAUACAUCAGACGCGCUUAUCUUCUUCGUGUUGGCACUGGUAAUUAUGCUGCAGAUCGACGUACAGCUGACGCUGUUGGCACUUCUGCCGUACCCGAUCCUCGCCAUCUUGAUAAGGGAAUUGGGGAAGCGAGUCUACAAACAUUACGAGCGGAUCCAAGAAGGCUUUGCCACCAUGAACACCAAAGUGCAGGAGAAUCUGUCCGGUGUGCGCGUUGUCAAAGCGUAUACGCUCGAAGCGAGCGAGGUAGAGGAGUUUGAAGUAUAUAACCAGGACUUCGUGCAACGCAAUCGCAAUCGGAUUCGGCUGACAACCUUCUUCUUUCCGGUGUUCCGAUUCUUACCGGACUCGGCGUUGCUGCGCUCCUCUGGCUCGGCGGUAUCCGGGUAG